GGGCGUUAAGACCCAGCAGAGGUACAACAGUGAACAUCUGUCGCGGUCUCCUCUGUAUGAAUUGCGCUUGGGCUCCAGUCUGAAGACACACGGGCAGAGGCAGGCGGGCUGGUACAGCGCGGACGGACUGGAGUGCAUUCGGGAGGCGAGCAGAUGACGCUGGACCAUGAGUGAAAGUGGAGCCUUACGCACUGAACCGCAGCGAUAAGACAGCGCGCCGCAAAAUGAAGACACCUAUGCGCCAUGGGGUAGCCGUGCUUCUCGUGCUUCUCCUGUGCGCCAGCUUGUUCCUCGUGUACAACGGCAGCUUCAACGGCGCUUCCAGAGACGCCAACGACACGCGCAUCAGGCAGCAUGAACAGCUGCGGCGGCCCACCGAAGCCUCCGUCGGGGUCGCCAAGCCUCACCCCCCGAUCCUCCAGGGAUACAACAGCAUCAUCGACCAUAAGCCUCUCAGGAUGCACUGCCACACCUGCACCCUGGUGACUAGCUCAGGUCACCUCAUUGGAGGCGGUCGAGGUGAAGAGAUCGACCGGGCCGAGUGCGUGAUCCGCAUGAACGACGCUCCCACCGCCAGAGGUUACGCCCGUGACGUCGGUCACCGCACCUCCCUGCGUGUCAUUGCACACUCCAGCAUGCAGCGGGUCUUGAGGAGUCGCAACGAACUGCUCAACGCCAGCCAGGACACAGUAUUUAUCUUCUGGGGCCCCAGCAACUACAUGAGGCAUGAUGGGAAGGGCCUUGUGUACAACAACCUGAGGCUCAUGAAAGAGGUGCUCCCCAAGCUCAAAGUCUACAUGAUCUCCUGGCAGAAGAUGCUGCAGUUUGAUGAACUCUUCAAGAAGGAGACCGGCAAAGACAGGAAAAUAUCGAAGACCUGGCUGAGCACCGGCUGGUUCACUAUGACCAUCGCCCUGGAGCUGUGUGAUAGGAUCAAUGUCUAUGGCAUGGUGGCGCCUGACUUCUGCAGGGAGCCUCAGAACCACUCUGUCCCCUAUCACUACUAUGAGCCACGUGGCCCAGAUGAGUGCGCUAUGUACAUUUCUCAUGAGCGUGGGCGACGGGGCAGUCACCACCGCUUUAUAACAGAGAAGCGCGUCUUCGCCAACUGGGCACGGACAUUUGACAUCCAUUUCUACCAGCCGGACUGGAGCCCCCCGCCUCUCCCAGCCAACCGGACGCUUGAGGGGACAGUCACUGCAGCUCCGCUGAAGACGUGACUUUUGUGGGGUUAAAGAAAAUGCUUUAGAAAUUUGUGUAAGGACUGUAAAGAUUUGCAUUCAGGGGGUGCGGCACCCUUGAAACAACAAAUAAAACAUGAAGGAAAAUUAGUCAUUACAGAUGAAAACAGAUGCAGCUCCAGCAGUGUUUUGUUUACUGUGGUGAACCAAUUCAAACUUGAACAAUCCUCACUGAAAGCCUUGUAAAGUGAGGUAAUACAAGAAGGCAACAUCAUUACACACUCUGCUCAUGAUGCAUGCUUGCAAUGUCUUACUGUGGACUCUCUAGCUCGUCGUGCAUAUGUGUGUGUGUAUGCAUAUCUUUACUAGAGGGAUCACAGGGGAUAUAAACUUGAGUCUGGUCUAUCAACAAAGUCACUGUUGAAUCGUGGAUCUGUGCAGGAUUCGCUGAAGGAUUCGUGGAAAGAAAAAUACCAUUAGAAUGUUUUGAAAUCUUGCUACUGGAGGCAGUGCAAGGUGAAUACAAAUAAUGGUGUAGCUCGAGUUAAAUUUGGCUAUUUGAAAGUGCGAACAGUCACUGUUCAGGUGUGAUAUUCCUCUGCAUUUUUCAAAGAUUGGGGAGGUCAAGUUGAAUGAGAUUUGUUAGACCUCCCAUGUCACACAACAAAGGCUCAGACACCUUCAAAGCGUUUUUAUAAAUCACUUCCCUGACUCAUUUAGGCUGCCUUUCAGAUGUGUGCAUUAUGAGCUCACCCUAACUCAAAUGUCCCGAUGUCGCACAGUCUGGCUGAAUGACAAGCGUGUACUGGUAGGUUUUAUCCUGUGCGUAUGUGUGUGUGUGUGCACCUCCUCUGGUCCCAGAUGUAUGUAUCAUAAGGCUUUGUUGGCUCCUGUCACCAGUUAAUAGUGAGAUCAUAUAGCUACCAGCUGGGUGUAAACGCACAACCAUGUCACACAAGACAGGUAGGAAAUUAGGAUCGAGGACAGGGAUGCAGGAGCAGCUAUCCAUCCAACUGUGUAUCUGCUGCCAGGUCUGAAAGCCCAUAUCAACAAGAAGGAGAAUUACACCGUUUCAAUGAAUGCUGGGUUUUCUUUUUACUUUUUUUUUUUUUUAAAUUAAACUGGUGAGUAUGUAAUGUGUCACUCUCUUGUUCUCAUUUACAUACAUAUACACUCUCCUCUUGUUUAAUCCAAUAUAUAGUACAUGUAGAUUCCUGCUCUUGAUUUUCCAUCCCUCCUUUCUUGAUCCAUGAAUAAGAAUCUGGCAUCGAUCAGGAUAAAGCAAUGAGACGUGGGGUUAUCUUAAUGAUACAUCCUGGUGCUAAGUCCCUAUUGAUUUUACUCUCAUCUCUGUAAUGUGAGUAAUGAGAGCAGAGAUGCUGUGGGUCAGAUACAUGGGUGCUCGCACCAUGAGGGCAUGUUUCACAUUACAUUUCCUCGGCGGAGACAAAGACACAACUGCUUCUCAUACAUCAUGAACAGCUGCUGCAGGGUCUGCUGCCAGGCUGAGAGUGCUUCUAACUUUGUACUGCAGCGAGAAUCUGGAUGUUUUUUUUCUUUUCUGGAGAGAUGUUCACUCAUCCAUCAAUGACAGUGUUAUUUGUGUCUGUUAGCAAUAUGGUAAUUAGUUGAAUAUUUUUAUUUUUUUCGCCUAAUUAAACAAAUCAUGCUGUGUAGGUUUGCAAAUACUCACUCUUUCCAUUAUAGAAGAUCGCUUUGGUUUAGAAAAUGCAAGAAAACAGUGAAAAAUGCUCAUCUAAAUUACCCAAGCUACCGUGAUAUUUCCUGAUUGUCCAAAAUCUGAAGAUUUUUAUCAAACAGCGAUAAAAUCCUGAGAAAGAAGCAAAUCUCCACCAGUGGUAUUUUUGAUAUCUUUGCUUCAUAAAUAACUUAAAUAGUUUGACACUUUGGAAGAUCUGAUUAUUCCCUUUCUUGCAGAAAGUUAGAUGAAAAGACUGUUACCUCUCUUGUGGCUGUAGCCGGUUAGCAUAGCACAAGCUGAAAGUCAAAUGUAAAAAGAAAAUAAUAAUAAUAAAAGCCAUCUGCGCUACUAUUUGUUUUGUGGUAGUCAAACGAAACAUACAGACGCAAGUCUUAACAGUAUCCUCACUCCCCCUGUAUAAGCAUGAAUGGUAUCAAUCUUGUUGUCUGUAAAAUCUGUUGUUAGUUUUAUGUUGACCAGGUGACUAAUCGUUUGAAAACUCAGUAAAGCACCAUUUAUCGGUAGCUUUGUUGUAAACUAAGUGCUGUAAGACAGAGGUGAAAAUGCAGGGGAAAAAAUGGAAACUAUUUUUGGUACUUGUGUUCAGCAGUGACCAGGAGGGGAAGAUGAUGUAUGUAGGCUGUGUGGAGG